UUUUUUUUUUUUAAGAUCUAUUUAUAUUAAUAAAAAUUGUAAAUUUAUAAAAUGAAAUCAUUAUUUUUAUUAUUAAUUUUAUGUAUUUCUAUCCCAUUAUUUCAAGCAUCAUAUGAAGAUAAACCAAUUGAAAAGGUUGCAUAUGGUAGUAUUGUUAAAUUAGCACAUAUCCCAACUAAUUUUAGAUUACAUUCACAUAAAGUUAGUUAUGGUAGUGGUGGCGGUGGUAGUGGUCAACAAUCAGUAACUGGUUUCCCAGAAAAUGAUGACACUAAUAGUUUAUGGAUUAUUAAAGGCCCAAAUGGUGGUCAUGUUAGACAAGGAACUGCCGUUAAAGAUGGUGAUAUUAUUAGAUUAUUACACUCAAACACUAGAAAGAAUUUACACAGUCAUUUAGCAGUUUCACCAUUAACUAAACAAAAUGAAGUUAGUUGUUUUGGAGAAAAUGGUGAAGGUGAUACAGGUGAUAAUUGGAAAGUUGAAGUUGAAGGUGGCGGUGAUUGGAUGAGAGGUAAAACCGUUAGAUUCCAACAUGUCGAUACUAAGAGUUAUUUACAAGCAAUGGCUUCAGCCAAAUACCAAAAUCCAAUUCCAGGUCAAAUUGAAGUUAGCGGUGGUAAAAAUAAAAACGAAGAUACUAAAUGGAGAACUGAAGAAGGUAUCUAUUUUGGCGAAAAUUAAAAAUAUAUUUAAAAUAUUUAAAAACAAUAAAACAAAUUAAUUUU